CACCUGGUUCUCCGUCCGGUCAGACCAAUCAACAAAGUGACGCGAGCACGAGCAUCCAUCGUUUCCCCUUCUUCCCCAUCGCGUGCCCUCGCCGCAGCCAUCUUCCAUGGCGGACCAGCUCACGGACGAGCAGAUCGCGGAGUUCAAGGAGGCCUUCAGCCUCUUCGAUAAGGAUGGCGACGGCUGCAUCACUACCAAGGAGCUUGGAACUGUGAUGCGCUCCCUUGGCCAGAACCCCACUGAAGCAGAGCUGCAGGACAUGAUCAACGAGGUUGAUGCUGAUGGCAAUGGGACCAUUGACUUCCCAGAGUUCCUGAACCUGAUGGCAAGGAAGAUGAAGGACACCGACUCCGAGGAGGAGCUUAAGGAGGCCUUUCGCGUCUUCGACAAGGACCAGAAUGGUUUCAUCUCGGCUGCUGAGCUCCGCCAUGUCAUGACCAACCUCGGCGAGAAGCUGACUGACGAGGAGGUCGACGAGAUGAUCCGUGAGGCCGAUGUUGACGGCGACGGCCAGAUCAACUACGAGGAGUUCGUCAAGGUCAUGAUGGCCAAGUGAGGAGCGAUCCCCGUUAUCUAUGAAUGAAUUGAAGUGAAAUAUCAGGCACACAAGCUGUACUUUGCCAUGUCCCUUUUGAGUACACAUCAGUAUCAUGCAGGAGGUAAUGUCUAGUAGUGGUCGGUUUAGGUGGUGUAGUCAUGGGAACUCGACAUCAGAUACCUGGUCUCUUUUGAUUGUGAUGUUAUCUUGCAUUAUUGCUCCUGCUGGAGCUUUUAGGAUUUGUUGUAAGCUCAUA